AUGUUUCUCUUAUCACACCACGCCUAUACUAUCGACAGUCUGUCUCUGCGAGCCGAGGGCGAAGUAGACGGAGUAAAGACCUUUGACUUUGAUUUAGACGGGGCCGAUGACAAGCCCUGGCGCAAUCCUGGUGCCGAUCUCACAGACUACUUCAACUACGGAUUCAACGAAGACACGUGGAGGCAAUACUGUGACUUCCAACGAGCGAAUCGGAUGGGCAUGUGGAAGCCUAUGCGAGACGACGCGCGCGGCGGCAACGGGCGAGGACGUAAUGGCGAUGAAGUAGUUGUCCGUGUUAUAUCCAAUGAACGCGAGGGUAUGGGUGCUCCACCUCCACCGCCCGGCGCACGAUAUGGACCACCUCCAGGACAAUACCAACAACACGGUCCGCCCCAUGGGCAUAUGGGCGGAGGUAGAG